CAACUGCAUCAUGUACCUCCGACGACACUUUGUCGCCCAAGCACGGAAGCAGCGAUAACAAGCGCAUACCAGCAUUGUCGGUCCUGGAUUUCUCAUUUGAAUGAGCGGCAUAUAGCUCUCUAUUAACCAUGUCAAAUAGAUUCGGCCGCGACUCGUCCUCGCGCCCCUCCCACAAUUCCCUCUUUUCCUCGUACCCGGACUCGACUGCCUCGCGCAACCGCUCCGCCUCUCCAAGCAAAUACGCCAAAAAGUCGCCGGCUACGUACGGUUUUGCGGCCCCCUCGGCGGCAUCGCCGUCACGGUCGCCUGCGUUUGGGGGAACGUAUAGUGGAUCCGGUUCUGGUGGUUAUGGCGCAGGCGCAGGUGCAGGUCCGGCGUUUUCCGCGUACCCUGGGUAUGCAUCUGGUGCUGGCAAUGGGUACGCGAAUGGGAAUGGGAUAGGAGGCAGCGGUCCAGCACCGGGGUUCCGCACCGCGACACCGAAUUCGCGGGGCCAGUAUAGUGCGGCCGUGCUCGAGGAGCUGGAGAGCCAGAACGAAGAGCAGGUGGGCGUUUUGGUGGGCAAGGUGCGGGAGUUGAAAAAUCUCACCCACCUCAUCGGCGACGAGAUCCGCAGCUCCUCGGCCCUCGCCGACAAGAUGAACGACCAGUUUGAGCGCUCCCGCGCCCGCCUGCGCGGCACCAUGACGCGCAUGCUGCGCAUGGCCGAGCGCACGGGCGUCGGCUGGAAGGUCUGGUUGAUCUUCUUUGCGUGCGUCGUUUUGCUGUUAUGGUGGGUGUGGCUGUUUUGAGAUUUAUGGACCGCGAGUGAGACACUGGAAGAGACGAGAAGGGGUAAGGAGGGGAGACGAAGGAAGGGGAGACAUGAAGGGGUGAGGAAGGAGAAGGGGUGCGGAGAGGGGUUGUAUAAACUCUUUUUCUUUGGGGUAAGGCACUGGUUGGGUGCAGGGGCGCCGUCAUGGGCAUGACUUGAUAGAAGGUCUAACGGUGUUUUGGCGUUUCGAAGCAAUAGGCGCGCUUUGCAUAUGCGCGGAUGCGGUUUCGCUUGUUUACUUUUAUUUAUUUUCACAUCGUACAUAUUGACCUUGGGGGAUACCAUUUGAGCAUUGCAAAGAACACAUAGUAUGGUCUACAUGCACUGCUCAGCGUGGACUCGCGCUUCACAAUGAGGAUACACUUGCAGAAUAGA